UUUUCAAAGAGUAAGUUGAAAAAAUGGUCAUAAGAAACAAUAAAUCUUGGAUGGUAUAAAAUGACUAACAACAUUGCCAUCGAAAAUCUGCAUAAAUAAAUAAAAAAGAACUCGUUUGCCCAAAAAAAAAAAAAGAACUCAAAGCACCCAAAGAUCCUCUUAUUACCAAAAAAACUCCCACAGCCACCAACAAGAAAAUAAAAAAGGCAUAUAUCACCCUAUGGAUUUUCCAGAUUCUUCAUUGUUCACACCAGAUUUUGCUUAUGAAAAGGAUUUAGAUUUCUCUACUUUGAUCACUCCUUCAACGCAUAUAUCAUUCCAAGAACCUUAUCCAUGUAAUCCGGUCAUUCGUUGUGCUGGGAUUGAAAACGAUGGAAGACAAAAAGCCUGUGAGACGACCAUGGUGACAAGCGAAAUCAGGGAAGGAGACGAUGAGCCGAAGAACAAGAGAGCUAAACAUAAAGAGCUUGAGAGACAAAGAAGGCAAGAAAUCACGUCUCUAUUCAAGAAUUUAAGAUAUUUAUUGCCAUCUCAAUACACUAAGGGUAAACGUUCUUCGGCAGAUCACGUUCUAGAAGCUGUGAACUACAUCAAAGACUUACAGAAGAAGAUCAAAGAGGUCAGCAAAAAAAGAGAUAGAAUCAAGAGAUCUAUUACUCAUCCAUCUUCAACAGGAGAAUGUUCAAUAAUAUCAUUAACAUCAUCAACUUGUUCUUGUCAUGUUGGAGACACACACAUUGCUGUUGUGGUUAGGCCUUGUUUGAUCGGACUAGAGAUCGUAGUAAGUUGUUGUUACAGACACGAAUCUUGUCUCUCAAGUGUUCUUCAACUUCUGGCAGAAGAGCAAUAAUGCUUUAAUGUUGUUAGUUGCAUCUCAACUAGGUUGUACCAAAGAAUAGUACACACCAUUGUUUCUGAGGUCGAGGAGGGAAUAGAGGUUUAUUACUCAGAGCUUCAAGAAAACAUAAUCAAAAUGGGAACCACAUACGUAGUCAUGUUAUAAGUUCUAAGAUCUGGAUCCUCAACCAUUCCACCACCACAAGCAUGUUUUGUUUUUGUUUGUUAGAAGUUUGUAUUGUUUUUGAUGUGAAUGUUGUUUGAAUUGUUGAAUAAUUAAAUUCUUGUAUGAAUAAUUUGUUUGAUGCAAAUUUUUGUGAAAUGACAGUUUUCUAACUA